AUGUUCCUCGUGCGUACAAGAGAAAAGCACGAGCAGUCCUACCAAUCGAAAAGGGUUAUAACCGACUUCCGAGCAUCACGAUAUAAUGAACUGCGUCUAAGAGCAUUCGGAAAUAAAAGAUACCUCGAAUUAAACAAAGCCAGGAGAGAAGUCUUAUUCGGGGAUUCGUACAUUUCUCUUGGUCCAAAAAAAACAGUCGCUGAUACAGAAGCACUCGAAUUACAAGAGGACAUUAAAAUACUCACCCAAACUAUCAACGGCAAUAUCAGGAACUCUUACUCAUCUAAACAUGCAAGCAGUACGUUGAGGUCAAGAGCGACAACAAUGGUCGAAAAGUAUAUAGCAGCAGCGCUUUACAGAAGGUUCGGGAGUUAUACAAUGGAUGACCAACUUCGGGAUACGAGCUUUGAUCCUGAAAACCCAAUAAAGUGGAAGUCGUUGGUAAAACGGAAAGCACAGUUUUCGAAGGUCUCGAGGGUGCUGACCCUCUGCGGUGUCAACUUACCAGCAGACUUGUUGUCAAUAGCGCGCUGGUACGAGCCGCUGUGGGCAGACAUUCCAGAAGCGACCGAUAUUACAUGCACCAGUCGACGACGACGACCAGUUUAG